CGUUAACUCCCAGUCGGUGUAAUUGUUAAAUAAAUAAGCAAAAAAUACUUUAAAUUUAGUGAGUGAAAUGUCGAAAUAUGUUAGCACUGUGUGUCGUGAAUCGCCUUCCUUCUAUUACAACGGUGACUACAAUAACUCGCCUAUAUCGGAUUUAAAUGCGUUUGAUUAUUCAAACAUAAAAGGUGCCGGCGAAAUCUAUUCAUCUACCAAUCAUCUCAGUUUUAUUCCACAUCCCACGGUUCGAACUAUUAAGAAGAGAAAUACAGCUAAUAAAAAAGAACGCAGGAGAACCCAAAGUAUCAAUAAUGCAUUCUCAUGCCUGCGUGAGAGAAUACCAAACGUUCCUUCAGAUACUAAGUUAUCUAAGAUAAAAACAUUAAAGUUGGCAAUAUUGUACAUAAACUAUUUAGUUGGCGUUAUAGAUGGAGAUCAAGAUCCCAAGAGCGGAUUCCAGGCAGAGCUGAAGCUUCCAAGCCGCAAAAUCUAUAUAGAUAGGAAAGCAAAUGAGAAUGAUUGCAUAUCAGCAAAGGGUCGUACAGGAUGGCCUCAAGAUGUAUGGGCAUCAGAACUUAUUCCUGAACACAAUUGACUAAAUAAGCAGCUCAACAACAUUACGCAACCAAAAAUCCCAAUAUACUUUUCCGAAAACUGUAGAUCAACCAAAAACAGAUCUGAAUGUGGAAUUGUCAACUGAGUGUAAAACACGCUAUCGAACUUUCAUAAAAUAGCUAAUGAUUUGAAAAUAUAUAUUUUUGUUAAA